CCACUGAAUGGAACGCGGUGAAGGGCGGAUGGAAUCACCCAGGGGGGGUGAGGCGCCCCUCCCUCCCAGGGUCUGGGAGCGAAACCAGAUGGGGGAACAGCGGCCCCGAGAGCCUGCUCUGUAGGGCAUAUCGGUCGAAAUCCGAAAUUUAAAGGCAUCGUAAAAGGGAAACUGCACUAGGGCAGAACACGGCAGGGCAUACCUUGUGUGCAGGUAUGCAAACAGGAAAUCGCCACGUUCCUUUCUUUACACAGACCUAGCAAAGAUUUACUCAUUUAUUUUGCACAGCUCUUUUGGGCUUCCAGCUCCUCACUUGGGAAGGUUUUCCGUGUUUGCACAUCCAUACCUCAUGGGACUCUGGGGUGUUUCUUUUAUUAGCCGAACCCUCAGGGCCCCUCUCUCCAAGCACACAUCCCAUUCCAGCCAUUCUCCUGCAAUUUGGUGUAAUACUGGCUCAUUAAAAGGAAGGGCAGAAGGAAAGAAAGAAAAAGCCGAGGACAACCGGGCUGCCUAGGCAAAGGACCUGCCCGUCCGGCUGUCGCUAGAGGGAGGUGUGGUACAGGGAGACAAGACAGCCGGGGGAGCCGCCGGAGGAAGAGACAGCAGGAAGGAGAAGCCGAGCCACCUCUCCAACUCAGGGCUCCGUCCUCUGCUGCCGCCUUGCUUGGAUCGAGGUUGCGAGGCGCAAGCAAGCAGCGCGCUUCCCGAGGCGCCGCCACCUCCGCCGCAGUCGCAGAAGGGAAACAUCUGGGGCGACUUCUGAAGAGGAGAGGCCGUCCAGCCGAGAGGGCAGCUGGGGUUACUUGCGAAGCGACAACGGAGCCGCCUCUGCCUCUUCUCGCUCCCCAUUUGUAUCCUGGUUGUUAUUAAGCUGCCACUGCUGCGGACCUCGCGCGCUUGCCUUCCUCCGUUUGGUUUUGGUUUCCCUUUUGGAUGGCACCUUUUUUGUAGGCAGCAGCGCGCUCGAUCUUUGCGGGGGAAAUAAAGGAGGGAGAAAGGGAAGACCGGAGGAGAAGCUCGCCUCCUCUUCUCCUCCUGGAACAAACAAACAAGCCAGCCGGGAAGUAAAAAAAAAGAAGCUGCCAAGAGGGGAGUGUGGCCGUCGACUCGCCCGGAGGAGGAGAAGCGCCUUUGCCCUCCCAGCUCUCAUCCUUUUCCGCCCACCACCCCUCCUGUGCCCACCUUUCCUCCGCCUUCCCUUCCCUUCCUCGGAGGCACCAGCACGAGCAAGCCGGGCUCAUGAUGGCUUCAACCACGACCUGCACCAGGUUCACCGACGAGUACCAGCUCUUCGAAGAGCUCGGAAAGGGAGCUUUCUCAGUAGUGAGAAGAUGUAUGAAAAUCACUACGGGACAAGAAUAUGCUGCCAAAAUUAUCAACACUAAAAAGCUGUCGGCAAGGGAUCAUCAGAAGCUGGAAAGAGAAGCUAGAAUCUGUCGACUUUUGAAGCACCCUAAUAUUGUGCGACUUCAUGACAGCAUAUCAGAAGAAGGAUUCCAUUACCUAGUAUUUGAUUUAGUCACUGGAGGUGAAUUAUUUGAGGACAUCGUUGCAAGAGAAUAUUACAGUGAAGCAGAUGCAAGUCAUUGCAUUCAGCAGAUCCUGGAGGCUGUGCUACACUGCCAUCAGAUGGGCGUAGUCCAUCGGGACUUGAAGCCUGAGAACUUGCUUCUAGCUAGCAAGUUAAAGGGAGCAGCUGUAAAACUGGCAGAUUUUGGGCUGGCUAUUGAAGUGCAAGGUGAACAACAGGCCUGGUUUGGUUUUGCCGGCACACCAGGAUACCUUUCCCCUGAAGUGCUACGAAAAGAUCCCUAUGGAAAGCCAGUGGACAUGUGGGCAUGCGGUGUUAUUCUCUAUAUCCUCUUGGUGGGAUACCCUCCUUUUUGGGAUGAAGAUCAACACAGACUUUACCAACAGAUCAAGGCUGGUGCUUAUGAUUUUCCUUCACCAGAGUGGGACACAGUAACCCCAGAAGCUAAGGACCUUAUCAACAAAAUGCUUACAAUCAACCCUGCCAAACGUAUCAAUGCCUCAGAGGCCCUCAAACACCCAUGGAUCUGUCAACGUUCUACUGUUGCUUCUAUGAUGCACAGACAGGAGACUGUAGACUGCCUGAAGAAAUUCAAUGCAAGACGGAAACUUAAGGGAGCUAUUUUGACAACUAUGCUGGCUACAAGAAAUUUUUCAGCAGCCAAGAGUUUACUGAAGAAACCUGAUGGAGUAAAGAAAAGGAAGUCCAGUUCGAGUGUUCAGAUGAUGAUAAACAACAAAACCAACGUGGUAACCAGCCCCAAAGAAAAUAUCCCUACCCCGGCGCUGGAGCCCCAAACUACCGUAAUCCACAACCCUGAUGGAAAUAAGGAAUCAACAGAGAGCUCCAACACAACCAUUGAAGAUGAGGAUGUGAAAGCUCGUAAGCAGGAGAUCAUCAAGGUUACUGAGCAGCUGAUUGAAGCCAUCAAUAAUGGGGAUUUUGAAGCCUACACGAAGAUCUGUGAUCCAGGUCUUACCUCCUUUGAACCUGAAGCUUUGGGAAAUCUUGUAGAGGGGAUGGACUUCCACCGUUUUUACUUCGAGAAUGCUUUGUCUAAGAGCAACAAGCCAAUCCAUACGAUUAUCCUGAAUCCUCAUGUCCACCUUGUGGGUGAUGAUGCUGCCUGCAUUGCAUAUAUACGGCUGACACAAUACAUGGAUGGAAGUGGAAUGCCAAAGACAAUGCAGUCAGAAGAGACACGAGUCUGGCAUCGCCGUGAUGGGAAAUGGCAGAAUGUUCACUUUCACCGAUCAGGCUCACCAACAGUACCUAUCAACUAAAUGUCAAUGGUGCCACAUUUGUGUUCUCUGCACUCGGUCGGCUACCAUCCGGGCCACCCCGUUGCCCUCUUCAUGCAUGUUUUUUUGAGUGCAUGAAGCUGUGAAAUUUCUACAUGUGAUUCAUUUAUGAUGCAUCAUUUUAUUGUAUAUUCCAUUGGUACCUUUUGUUUACACUCGUGAACGGAAAGUUCCAUGCAAUUUGAAAAUGGCAGAAUAGCAGACAAGACAGGGGAAUCAAAUUAAAAUGAGAGGGUAUAUGCAGAGCAUCCUUCUCAUGCCAAAAUAUGGUAAACAUCUUUAUGAGCAACCUAUGGAAAUGAAGGUUUAGUCUCCUUAUUUUAAUUGUUUCAACUUUUUUUUCUGGCUCACUUGUUUUUAAAGACCAUCGAAAAUUGCUUUGGUCGUUGUAGAAAUAAUGACUUUCCUACUAACAGUAGCUUUGCUGUUGUGGGACACAUGGGUAGAAAUACUGGCUUAGACUGAAGAGUUUCUGUGGGCUUACCUUGUGGGGAGUAAUCUCUGCUAAGAGUCACAGUGUGCAAACUGGAAAGGGGGGGAGAGGAAGAUGGUGUAAUUUUCUGACUUGGCCUCACUAGAAUUAUCUGUCACUGAUCCUGUUUGGUCAACAAGACUUUAAAAAAAAAACUAUUUCUUUAGCUUUGUUGUUUUAACUACAAAUGACAGGGGGUGGGUGGGGAUUUUAAGUAGCAUUUCUAGUUAGCCAAAAGCCAAGCAGUGAACAGAUAUGAGACAAGUUUUGGUGGUUGAAGCAAAAGCAUAAAAUAAAAAAAAACUUUUUUUUAUCAUUUUCUGGAUGUACAGUACAUUUACUAAAGCAAGCUAUAGAGGAUUUUUUUAAAUCAAAUGCUCUAGUCAAGGUGUGUGGUAACCUAGGACAAUUAGGCCUUAAAAGCUUAGUAUCAAGAGUUUACUUGUCUACAUUUUCUUUGUAGCAAUUUCUUACUGGGGGAAAAAUACCAGGAAACAUCAGUUUUCUAAUAAUACUGUCACACUUUCAGCACAGUAAUGUUGAUUUUUUUCAUGGCUUAUUGACAUCCUUGAACAAUGUGGAAUAAAACAAUUACUGCAGCUUCAUUCAUUUCUCUCUCACUCUCUCUUGCUGCAUAUAUACCUGUAGAAUGAGCAGGAAAUAUAUCUAGUGUCAGUUUAGAUCAAAUUGCUCACUUGCUGUUUGAUUACUGUUGUGUAGAUGUGAAAUUAUAUUCCUGCAAGUAUUGCUCCUCUUCUUUAAAAAAAAAGAAUAGGAUUUAAUUUUUUUUAAUUAAAGUUUUUCUUCUGCUGCUGUUUAUUCACUCUUUGGUUAGGAAUACAGCGGGGCUACCAUUUUCUGUAACGUUGUAUAGCGCAUGACACUUUGAUCAAUGUUCUUUUUAGAAAUUAAAAUUUACAAAUUGCAGCCUAAAAUUUUUAAGCAAGGGGCGGGGGGAGACCCAAUUUGUAUAAGUUUGACCUAUCUGUAUUGGUUACUAAUCAAAAGUGGUUCUUAUUCUUUACACCUUGAUGUUGUUCCUAGUAACAUAUGUUAGAGAAAUUUAAGCUUCUCUGGGGAGAGUUACUAUAUACUUUCAACCCACAGAAAUAUUUAUAGCAAGCAUCUCCAGUAAAUGUCUUGAGCCAUAUUAACCUGCCAAUGGGAUCUGUGAAAAAGCAAUGGCCUCAUGCAUUUUUUAAAAUAAUAAAUUUCUUUUAUGUGAAGCAGCUUUAGGUGGUAUAAGUGUAUUUACAUUUAACAAAAUUUAGGUGUAGAAUGGUUUUUCUUUUUCUUACACAUUUACCAUAGCAUGUGGUGUUGCCAUAUUAUUCUAGGUCAAGUCUGUCUUCCACACUGAAAUGUGAGAAAAAUCAUGUGAGUUAGUUCUCUGCACUCCAGCUGAAUUAUACACCUAACCCUUUGUCAUUUCAAAAUGCUGCAGUUUACCAUGGGACACAAUGUAUAUAUAUUUCUUGCCAUAAUGGUAAAGAACUGACAAAUAUAUUUAAGAGUUAAUAAAUUUGUGAUUUCUGCUGA